AUGCUGGACUGCAAAAUAAUAAAAGGACCUUGCACCGUGCCCCCAGUACCGCCUCCCCCUCCGUGCCCCCCGCCGCCGCCGAAGCCACUCCCCUGGGCUUUAAUAUUAGGUAUAUUGACAUUCUUCGGGACUUUCGGUGUGAUGUAUAGAUUAUAUUUAUGGAGAGAAGAGAGUCUCAAAACAGCUGACAGUAAGAAUAUAUGGCGUCCACGGCGUAAAAACAAGCGUCCGUACCAUGACAAGGAUCUCCCAGCUUGUGUGCAGUAUCUCAUCGUGGGGACCGGUGCCGCCGGCUGGGCUGCCUACAGGGCCAUUAUGGAACAUGAUAAAACUGCCAAGGUGUUCUUCAUAACAAAAGAAGAUAUUAUUCCGUAUAGACGUCCACCGAUGUCAGCAGAGAUGUGGUGGAACCCGGAGCCACCUGACAUAAAUAAACUAACAUACGUUGACUAUGGUAGGAGGAGGAAAACUAUGUACUUAGCAGAGUGCAAAUCUUUCAUGGACCCUGUGAAAUUUUAUCGCAAGAAGAAAGGUCCGGCUGUUUCAAUAGCGAGCGGGUGGUGCGUGUUGCGUGUCGACGCUGACGAUCAUGUUGCAUGGGUUAAAACAAUGUGCGGCGAACAGCCUAUCUACUACGAGAGGUGUCUUUUGGCUCUUGGUUCUAAAGCCAGAAACUUGGACAUGUUCAAGACGGCUCCGAAGCCGGUUCGGGACCGCGUCACCAGGAUCCGUACCAUCAGGGAUUUGGAGAUUGCGUACAGGAAGGUGAGAGAAGCGAGACACAUCGUAGUAAUUGGUGGCGGCCCACUGGGCACCGAGUUAGCGUACCAUAUCGGGCGAAUGAACAAAGUACACUUCUCUAAGACUGACCUAGAGCAGCCGCCCCUCGACGUGGUACAUAUUUACAAGGACGGAGGCAUUCUGGCAGGCGUGUUGCCUGAAUACCUGGGCGAGUGGGCUGCUGAGAAGGUGCGCUGCCAAGGUGUUACUCUCAUGCCCAAGACGCAAGUAUACGAUGCGUACGAAUCACCCGAUGGACGCCUCCAGCUCACCCUCUCUAAUGGAAAAACUAUAGUGACAGAUUAUGCUUUGUUGGCGGUGGGGGCGGAACCUCGAACUGAAAUAGCGCAUCCCUCGUUCCUGGAGAAGGAUCGUGAAAACGGCGGGUUUUUGGUCAAUACCGAGCUAAAAGCGAGAACACAUCUUUACGUCGCUGGUGAUGCGGCGAGCUACUACUCGCAAUGGAAGGACCAGCGCAUGCGAAUGGAACAUUACGCCAAUGCGGAGGAGCAGGGCUACAUCGCAGGGGCCAACAUGACCGGUUACUGGACCCCGUGCAAUAUCGAACCGCAUUAUAAAGUGAUGCUGGGUGACGACCUGGAAAUGGAGGUCGUAGGCGAAGUAGGCGCUUGUAUGCCUACCGUUGGACUUUUCAAAGAGUGUAAGGUGGACACGUCAUACUUCCCCGACAACGCGAAGGGUGAUGACAAAAGACCCUGUUACAAAACGGGCGGCGAGUAUGAAGCCAAGUACAGAAACGGACUGUUAUUCUAUCUUCGGGAUGAAAUCGUCACUGGCUUUGUGUUUUGGAACAUGACGCCUCCGAUUGAAGACAGAGUAGAGGUUGCUACAGAGUUGCUCCGAGCCCAGCCUACCUACAAGGACAUAGAUUUGCUCGCCGAUUUGCUGGGCUUCCCUCAAGCUAUAUGUGUCUUCAAAGCUGAAAAGGAUUCUUAUGUAGAAACUGCUUGCAUCAAAAACCGAAAGGAGUUUUAA